AUGCCUUCUAAGCCUCCACAAGCAAAUAAAACUAAAGCGGCUAAAAAUAAUGUCAACAACAAUAAGAAUAAUAGUAAGAGUAAUGUAGCUGGGGCAGCAAGGUUCAGACAUCGUAAGAUAUCAGUGAAGCAACAACUGCGAAUAUACAAGCAUACUGACAUACGAAAUUUGGACGAAGAUGAAUUGCAACAACGGGAAGUAGCGGAUGUCGAGACUGGUGUUGAGAAAAGUGAAGAGAAAGAAGUUCAUUUACAUCAUAUUUUACAAUUGGGUAGUAGUCAAAUUAAUAGUGUCAAGAAAAAGUAUAUUCCUACGCCGGACGCAUCUUUGAAAUGGAAGGAUUAUGCUCAAUUUUAUGUGGGUAAGUUUUCUGAACCUAAGAGCUAUAUUGAAUUUUCUGCUACGGUGGAAGAUUGUUGUGGCGCUAGUUAUAAUAUGGAUGAAAAAGAUGAGAAUUUUCUUAAUGAUGUGGUAAAUAACAAGGAAAAUGCAGAGAAGUUAAGUGAAGAUGAGUUCGAAAUAUUAUGUACUUGUUUCGAAAAUGCUAUCCAUGAACGUCAACCAUUUCUCAGUAUGGAUCCUGAAAGUAUAUUGGAUUUCAAUGAAUUAAAACCUACGCUACUGAAAGCCGAUUUUGGUGAUUCUGGGUUGAGAGCUCAAUUAGCUACUGAACUUGGAUAUUCCUCGAAUGAGAAGUUUAUAACACAGUUUGAUUCUAAGUCACAAUCGAAUACAAGAUCAUUACCAAUUCUGAUAGAGAAAUAUGGAACACAAAUCUAUGAUUAUUGGAAAGCAAGGAAAAUUGAAGUAGAGGGUAAGGAAAUUUUCCCUCAAUUGAAAUUUGAAAGGCCAGGCGAAAAGGAAGAAGUGGAUCCAUAUGUCUGUUUCCGUAGACGUGAAGUCAGGCAUCCAAGGAAAACUAGACGUAUAGAUGUGAUAAAUAGCCAAAAAUUGAGACUUCUACGACAAGAAUUAGAACAUGCUAAAGAACUGGCUCUGUUAGUGGCUAGACGUGAAAAGAUAUCUUCUGAUUUGUUACACGAUGAUAUGGCGAUCUUAAAGGAAAGAAGCGAACUCAAGAAAUUGAAGCGUUCUUUGAAUAUUAGUGGAGAAGAUGAGGAUCUAAUAAAUCAUAAGAGAAAACGUCCUGCUGUACUAACUAUUGAAAGAAAGAGAAUGGAAGCGGAAGCUUUUGCAGCAAGAAAUGCGGCUCUACAGGCUGCAGCAGCAAAAUCAGUAGCUUCAGACGUAGCAGCCAAAAAAUCAAACAAGAAUAAGAUAUCGAAGAACAAAUUAGAGCAGCUUUCCAAAUCUGGUCAAAAACUUACCAAACAACAACUUCUGUUGUUACGAGCUCAAAAGAACGCUGACAUUAAGUUAGAAGAUGAACAAUUGCUUACAGACAAACAAGAUCAACAGCACCAACAGCAGAAGCAACAACAACAAAAUGGUAUACAUGUCUAUGUUAAAUUACCUUCUUCGAAAGUACCUGACCUUGUCCUCGAAGACGUGGACAAUUUGCUAUCUGAUAAAGAAAACAAUGCAAGAAAAUUUGUUCGAGAAAGGAUGGAAAAGAGGAGACAGGAAGACGCUAAUAAUUUUUUCAACUUAACAGAUGAUCCGUACAAUCCCAUUUUCGAUAUCUCAUUGCCUGGAGAAAUUUCUCCAUCGAGUGAACCAUUUUCUUCUAUAUCAUCAUCUAGGUUUGAAAUUACUAGAUCAUAUUAUACCCCUCAUUUGGCUGACUAUUUGAGUGGAACUGCAAAAGAUAUCAAGUUAUUUGGAAAAGAAGGCGAGAAAAUAACUCAGAAUGCUAAUAAUUUGAAGAAAACUGAACUUUAUGAUCCAUUUAGACCUAAAAAGGAAAUCAAUUCACAAGAAUACCCCGUCAAAUUUAGAAGUCGUAUCGGUCGCUUGGGAAUCCAAUAUAUAGACCGGAAACCCAAUAUUAAGCUAGAUGACAUAGAUAAUAUGAUGGAUGAAGUUUUUGACUUCCAAUCGAUUAGCAAACAAGAAAAUGAUAAGAGGAGCGAUGGUGAAGCUAUCAAUGUUUAUGACUCUAAAUUAGAUGAACUAGUAAGAACAUAUGACAAAUGGCAUUAUGAUUCCCUGAGUAAUGAUUAUGGCCUCAAAUUUUCAGAUGAACCAUCUCGAUUGAAUCAGAUUCCAAAUGAAACACAAGCCAUUCGCUUUGGGACGAUGUUAGGUAGUAAAGCAUAUGAACAACUAAGAGAAGCAACUUUUAGAUGUCGACGUGAAUAUAUCCAAAAAAUGAGACAACAAAAGCUAAACAAUCAAAACCAGAUCAAAUCACAACAAAUACCGAAUGGAACGGCUCCAUUACCACCAUUAGGCACACCUUCUGUCCAACCGUCCCAAUUAAGUUCAAAAUCCAAUACUCCAAACCCUUCUAGUAAUUCAACUUCUGUGAUCUACAGGAACUGA